CCCCUGUCCUCUGGACUGAAAUGGGGAACACACUGGGCCUGGCACCGAUGGGGGCUUUGCCCCGCCGGAGCCCCCGGCGAGAGGAACCUCUGCCCAACCCUGGGAGCUUCGAUGAGCUGCACCGGCUAUGCAAAGAUGUGUUCCCAGCACAGAUGGAGGGAGUGAAGCUCGUUGUCAACAAGGUUCUGAGCAGCCAUUUCCAGGUGGCUCACACUGUGCAUAUGAGUGCUCUGGGCUUGCCAGGCUAUCACCUCCACGCGGCCUACGCGGGGGACUGGCAACUUAGCCCCACAGAGGUGUUCCCCACCGUGGUAGGUGAUAUGGACAGCAGUGGCAGCCUCAACGCCCAGGUCCUGCUCCUCCUGGCAGAGCGGCUCCGAGCCAAGGCUGUCUUCCAGACGCAGCAGGCCAAGUUCCUGACGUGGCAGUUCGAUGGCGAGUAUCGAGGAGAUGAUUACACAGCUACUCUGACCCUGGGGAAUCCUGACCUGAUUGGGGAGUCGGUGAUCAUGGUCGCUCACUUCCUGCAGAGCCUCACCCAUCGGCUGGUGCUGGGAGGAGAGUUAGUUUAUCACCGGCGGCCAGGCGAAGAGGGGGCCAUCUUGACCCUGGCUGGGAAGUACUCGGCCCUGCACUGGGUGGCCACGUUGAAUGUGGGAUCAGGUGGGGCCCAUGCAAGUUAUUACCACAGGGCCAACGAACAGGUUCAGGUCGGGGUGGAGUUUGAGGCAAACACGAGGCUACAAGACACAACCUUCUCCUUUGGUUACCACCUGACUCUACCCCAGGCCAACAUGAUGUUUAGAGGCUUGGUGGACAGUAACUGGUGUGUGGGUGCCGUGCUGGAGAAGAAGAUGCCCCCCUUGCCUGUCACCCUAGCCCUCGGAGCCUUCCUCAACCACUGGCGCAACAGAGGUCUGAGGGCCAAGUGUGAAGAAAGCCCCAGAUGUGGCCAGGACGUCACCUGUGUGGAGUCUGUGGAUCGGGUCUUCUAGAGCAGGUUCUAGAAGGUGGGUGCGUCCUGUGGUGUAAAGCAUCCCUCUCCUGGCCAAACCGGCUCAUUGAGGAACAGCCGAGAACAAGGGGAGUGUCCCUCAGAGCCUGAAUAGAUCACGGACUUUUGGGCCAGGGGACCGGCCUGGGCCAUGAAACUGAACGACCCUGACUUCAAGGGGGAAUGAAUGAAACAUUAAUGGGCCCAACGGAGAGAAGGGGAAGGGCCAAGGAAAGAGAGCGAACGAGAGACUUGGCCGGCUGCUUGAGCCUGGAGAGUGGACGGGUGAGACAGUGGAUGUCAUCAAUCUCAGGAAUGCUGUUAUACAGAGCCUGCCAGCUCCUACUUUGCAUCUCUACCGAAUAAUAAAAAAAAAAAAAUCUGGAAAAAAUCAGGUGAAACACCCGUAGGAGCACUUUGGAUGCCAGAACUACACGAGGCAGGAGGGAAGGACUCGAGCCCCGAGGGACCCGGUUUCCCAGAGGAAGGGACAGUAAAAGCAUACCCCCUGAGCUCAGCGUUUCCCUCGCCUUCGUGCCCUGGUGUAGCCUCCAGCCCCCCCCCCCCGCCCCCCGCCGGGGCCCCCCCGUACCGACUCCCAGGCCUUGGCUGCUGGCCUUCGAUGUAGCUCUGCAGGGUCAGUGCCGUCACCUCUUGCAGAUGAUCAGUCUGUUCCCUCCGGGUAACCCCAGGCCUGUCUGGAAGGAGGU